AUGCUCUCAAAACAGACAACUACGGUCGAGGGCGGGUUUUUGCCUACCUGCGUCACACCUACGCACUACUCGCUCGCCAUCAGGAACAUUCAAUGGGGCGAUUCUUGGAAAUAUAGUGGUCAAGUAACAAUUGCGGCCACAAUCAACGAACCAACGAGCCGAAUUAUCCUGCACGCCGAAGGCCUCCGUGUCGAGAAAGCCGACAUCAGCCAAAAUGGCCAUGAGCUCCUCGCGACAAACGUGGACACCACAAAUGGAUUCUUGACGAUUGAACUCCCACGAGAUAUAAGCCCUGGCGUGGCGAGCAUCCAUAUCACAUUCCAAGGCGUGGUCAAGGACUCCAUGGAAGGUUUUUAUAGAGCGAAGCACGACCCUCAGUCCUUAAAGGCGGCAGGGACAUCACAGGACGAUGGGGGAGCAGGAUACACGCUCGUCACGCAGUUCGAGCCCUGUGAUGCGCGCACAGCAUUUCCCUGCUUCGACGAGCCGCGCCUGAAAGCCACGUUCGAGCUUGAGCUCGAUAUCCCCGAGGGCUUGACUGCGCUGGCCAACAUGCCAGUUGCCGCCGUCACAGCUGGCGACUCGCCGGGCACAAAGCGAGUCCGCUUCGAGCCGACGGUCACCAUGAGCACUUAUCUCCUCGCAUGGGCUAUCGGAAGCUUUGAGUACCUCGAGCGGAUGACACGGCGGGAGCAUCAGGGUAGAAAGAUCCCGGUGCGCGUCUACACGGCCCCCGGUUACUCACGGCACGCCCGAUUCGCCGUCGAAUAUGCCGCGGCCACGCUCGACUACUUUGCAGACAUCUUCGGGGCAGACUAUCCCUUGCCCAAGUGCGACCACGUCGUCGUCCCCGAGUUCAUCUCCGGAGCGAUGGAGAACUGGGGCCUGAUUGUCUACAGACCGCCUAAGAUCUUGUUCGAUGACGAGACCUCCGACAACCGCGUCAAGCUCAAAGCCUGCUAUGUCAUCGCGCACGAGCUGGCUCACCAGUGGUUCGGCAACCUGGUCACGAUGGACUGGUGGAACGCGCUGUGGCUUAAUGAGGGCUUUGCCACGUGGGCAGGAUACCUUGCCGUGGACCACUUCUAUCCUGAGUGGCAAAUCUGGCCUCACUUCACGGCCAAUGUUAUGUCUGAAGCAUUCUCCCUAGAUGCCCUUGAUGCGACACACCCCAUCGAGGCCGAUGUCGGUACAACCUGGGAUGCUCGGCAGAUGUUUGAUGACAUCAGCUACCUCAAAGGGGCGUCUGUCAUAAGGAUGCUCUCCCAACACCUGGGCGUCAGCGUCUUCCUCAAGGGCAUCGCCAUGUACUUGAAGAGGCAUGCGUACGGGACCGCGACAACAGGAGACCUGUUUGCGGCACUGGAAGACGUGUCCGGCGUCGCAGUGUCUGGAUUCAUGGACGCCUGGAUUCGACGGCCCGGUUUUCCAAUGGUAGAGACCAAGCCGACUGGCAGCGGUGAACUCCACUAUCAACAGUCCCGUUUCUUGCUGUGCUCGGCGAAGGACGAAGGGCAGAGUCCGUCUGCGCCAGCUCCAACCAACACGGUAUGGCAAAUUCCUUUGCAAGUGAGCGCACAGAAUGGAGCUGGACAAAGCAAUGUUAUCGUCCAGGCGAAGCAAGGCACCAUCGCCACAGCGGAUACCACCGAGGUCUCUGUGCUUCCCAGCGACUCCACCUUUUGUCACUUCAAGUACUCGUCCGAAGAACGGCUUUCAAUGCUCGCGCGUCAGUCCACUCUCACCUGCAACGAGAUUAUACCGCUUCUGAGAGACAUCAGAGCUCUUGUCGCCUCUGGGCACCUCCCCAUUAUCGACAUGUUGGAGACUUGCACCAGCUUGGAGCAUAACGGUAAUGUAUUCGAGCUGGGUGAGAUCGCAAAAUGCCUCGAUCUGCUGGAAGCAGGUGUCGAGGGGAACGGGCGCGUCGGUCGUGCACUGCUCGACUAUCGGCGAUCCCUCUCCAAAAACCAACACUCACAAUCGAUCAACUGGGGCAUCAAGACAGAAGAGUACCAGGCCAUCGAAUACCAACGUGUGUACAUCCAGACUCUGCUGGCGCACGAGGACCCAGACACGAUGCGAGCAGUCGAGCAAUACUACGCGGACUGGGCCGAGGCCCGCGAGAUCGCCUUCGCGCCGAGCUUCCGCGGUAUCAUUCUCGGAUAUGCGGUCGCAAAGCUGGGCAGACCUGCCUACGAGGCGGUCAAGGCGAGCUACGUGGCUGACACGACCGUCGACGGCAAAGAAGUCUGCCUCUCUGCUCUCGGGAGGGUCAGGGACCAGGACCUUGCGUGGGACUUGCUCGACUUUGCGUUUUCGGACAAGAUGACGCUACAGAAUGUGCACCUGGUGUUCUCCUCGCUGGGGGCCAGUGGGGAGGGCAGGGUGUAUCUGUGGGAGUAUGUCAAGUCAAAUUGGCAGAAGGUGCACGAGACAUUGUCAAAGUGUGCAGUGGUGAUGAACUGGUGUCUCGAGAUGGGAUUGAGCCAUUUUGACAGUGCGGAGUUGCAUGAGGAAAUGGAGGGUUUCUUUGCGGGCAAGGACACGUCUUCCUUUCAUCAGGUUCUCCUGGUCGUCCUGGAUCGAAUCAAGGCGAACGCGGCGGUGAGGAACAGGCUCGCACCACAACUGAGGGAAUGGGCUGGGCCAGCAUGAUGUUCAUUGCAUAUUACAUGGUAGACUCAAAUCACGAUACUUUAUUUCUUUCCAC